AAAGAUCCAUAUCCGGGAAACUGCACUGGCUCAACUCUAACCGUUUUCUCCGCUCAACCACCAUUUCGUAUAACUAUUAUCUCAAAAUUCAAAUUUUAAUCGGGAAAAAGAAAUAAAUGGAAAUUGAAGUAAAGCUCCGGCUGCCGUCCUCCGCCGCCCACGAGCGGCUCUCCACCGUGCUCUCUUCCUACCACCGGCGCACUCACCUCCAAGAGAACCUCUUCUUCGACGGCCCCAAGGCCGAGCUCGCUUCCAACUCGGCCGCCCUCCGAAUACGUUUCUACGACCUCGACUCCCGCUGCGUUCUCUCUCUAAAAUCGAAGCCCCAAAUCUCAGGCGGAAUCAGCCGCAUCGAGGAGCAGGAGGAGCCCCUCGACCCCGCUGUCGGCCGCCUAUGCGCCGCCGAUCCGUCGCGGCUCCUCCUCAUUGAGUCGUCCGAUAUAACCAGGAGAGUGAGGGAGGAGUUCGAUUUGGGCGGGAAGGGUUUGGUCUGUUUGGGGGGUUUUAGGAACGUGAGAGGGGUUUACGAGUGGAAUGGGCUGAAAUUGGAGCUCGAUGAGACGCUUUACAGUUUCGGCACGAGUUAUGAAGUAGAAUGCGAGAGCUCGGAGCCCGAAGUGGCGAAGAAUUUAAUUGAAGGGCUGUUGCAGAGCAAUGGGAUUGAGUAUCAGUAUUCGGAGACGUCGAAAUUCGCCAUUUUUCGAUCAGGGAAGCUGCCUGAAUAACUUGAGGUAUUCAAUUUACUCAGAGCAAAUACAUGGCUAUCUGAAUCGACUCGACCAUGAAUGUAUCCUAAGCUGCAGAAGUUCAAGAACAUGUAGCAGUUGGACAAUGUGGAACUAGUUUAAAAAUGUUAUGUAGGUACCAUUGUUACUCUGAUUAUUAUGUCAUCCUUGUAAAAUCUUGAAUCAUCUCACACUGUUGUAGAUAGAGGAAAUGACACAUUCAUUAAAGAAAUGGGCAAGCAUUUGGUAUA